CGCGGCCCCUCAGCAGCGGCGGCCGCCCUCCGCCUCGCCCGCCGCCGGCCCGGGCCCCGCCGCCCUCCGCCGCCCUCCGCCGCCGCCCCCGCGGUCACCGCGGUCCUCGCCGCCGGGGGAGGGGGGACCCGGGCCCGGCCCCGCCGCCGCCGCGGAGCCGCCGAGGAGCCCGGCCCGGAGCGCCGGGGGGGACAGCGCGGCGGCGGGGUCCCCGACGCCGAGACUCAGCGGAGGGAGCGGCCCCGCCAGCGUCCCGGAGGAGAGACUUCAGCAUGCAAACCUUCAUCUGUUCGGCUCGCACCGUCAUUUUCAUUCCAUGCUGCUGGCCUUCAGAUGGCUGGACAGAUGCCCCAUUCUCAUCAGUACAGUGACCGUCGCCAGCCAAACAUAAGUGACCAGCAGGUCUCUGCCUUAUCUUACGCUGACCCGAUUCAACAACCUCUAACUAACCAGGUGAUGCCUGAUAUUGUCAUGUUACAGAGGCGGAUGCCCCAAACCUUCCGUGACCCAGCAACUGCUCCCCUGAGAAAACUUUCUGUAGAUUUGAUCAAAACAUACAAGCAUAUUAAUGAGGUUUACUAUGCAAAAAAGAAGCGACGACACCAACAGGGCCAGGGAGACGAUUCUAGUCACAAGAAGGAACGGAAGGUUUACAAUGAUGGCUAUGAUGACGACAACUAUGACUACAUCGUGAAGAACGGAGAGAAGUGGAUGGACCGCUACGAAAUCGACUCCUUAAUAGGCAAAGGCUCCUUUGGACAGGUUGUGAAGGCAUAUGACCGUGUGGAACAGGAGUGGGUUGCCAUUAAGAUCAUAAAGAACAAGAAGGCUUUUCUGAACCAGGCCCAGAUUGAAGUGCGACUUCUCGAGCUCAUGAACAAACAUGACACCGAAAUGAAGUACUACAUAGUACAUUUGAAACGCCACUUUAUGUUUCGAAACCAUCUCUGUUUAGUUUUUGAAAUGCUGUCCUACAACCUCUACGACUUGCUGAGGAACACCAAUUUUCGAGGUGUCUCUUUGAACCUAACAAGGAAAUUUGCACAGCAGAUGUGCACUGCACUGCUCUUCCUCGCAACUCCAGAACUUAGUAUCAUUCACUGUGACCUCAAGCCUGAGAACAUCCUUCUGUGCAACCCCAAACGCAGUGCCAUCAAGAUCGUUGACUUUGGCAGUUCUUGCCAGUUGGGGCAGAGGAUCUACCAGUAUAUUCAGAGUCGCUUCUACCGGUCUCCAGAGGUGCUGCUGGGAAUGCCUUACGACCUGGCUAUCGACAUGUGGUCCCUCGGGUGUAUUCUGGUCGAAAUGCACACUGGAGAACCCCUGUUCAGUGGAGCCAAUGAGGUUGAUCAGAUGAACAAAAUAGUGGAAGUUCUGGGUAUUCCACCUGCUCAUAUUCUUGACCAAGCACCAAAAGCAAGAAAGUUUUUUGAGAAGUUGCCGGAUGGCAGUUGGAACUUAAAGAAGACCAAAGAUGGAAAACGGGAGUAUAAGCCACCAGGAACCCGGAAACUUCACACUAUUCUUGGAGUGGAAACAGGAGGACCUGGUGGGCGCCGGGCUGGGGAGUCGGGUCAUACGGUAGCCGACUACUUGAAGUUCAAAGACCUCAUUUUAAGGAUGCUCGAUUACGACCCCAAGACUCGGAUCCAGCCCUACUACGCCCUGCAGCACAGCUUUUUCAAGAAAACAGCUGACGAAGGCACCAACACAAGCAACAGCGUGUCCACCAGCCCCGCGAUGGAGCAGUCCCAGUCGUCGGGCACCACCUCCAGCACCUCUUCCAGCUCAGGUGGAUCAUCGGGGACGAGCAACAGCGGGAGAGCCAGGUCGGACCCGACACACCAGCACCGGCACAGCGGCGGCCACUUCACUGCCGCCGUGCAGGCCAUGGACUGCGAGACCCACAGCCCCCAGGUGCGCCAGCAGUUCCCGGCUCCCCUCGGCUGGUCGGGCACUGAAGCGCCUACACAAGUCACUGUUGAAACUCAUCCCGUUCAAGAAACAACCUUUCAUGUAGCCCCUCAACAGAAUGCGUUGCAUCAUCACCAUGGAAACAGCUCCCAUCACCACCACCACCACCACCAUCACCACCACCACCACCAUGGACAAGCAGCCUUGGGUAACCGGACCAGGCCAAGGGUCUACAACUCUCCGACGAAUAGCUCCUCUACCCAGGAUUCCAUGGAGGUUGGCCACAGUCACCACUCCAUGACAUCCCUGUCUUCCUCAACUACUUCUUCCUCCACAUCCUCCUCCUCGACUGGUAAUCAAGGCAACCAGGCCUACCAGAACCGCCCAGUGGCUGCUAACACCUUGGACUUUGGACAGAACGGAGCUAUGGACGUGAAUUUAACCGUCUACUCCAAUCCCCGCCAAGAGACUGGCAUAGCUGGACAUCCAACAUACCAGUUCUCUGCUAACACAGGUCCUGCACAUUACGUGACUGAAGGCCACCUGGCAGUGAGGCAAGGCGCCGACAGGGAAGAGUCCCCCAUGACGGGCGUCUGUGUGCAGCAGAGUCCUGUAGCUAGCUCGUGACUAAAUCGAAACUUGAGUUUGUUUCUUGUGUGUUUUUAUAGAAGUGGUGUUUUUUUUCCCAAAAAACAAAGUGCAAAAGCUGCUUGAAUCAGAAGGAGAUUAACACACUGAACCGCUACAGAGGGCAAAGCUGACUUUUUUUUUUUUAACUUGAAAAGAUUGCAAAGGGACAAUGAAGUUUUAACAGAGCCAUGUCCAAACCCGUCUUCACGGCUAGCUCAGAGGUGCCCCCCCCCCCCCAUUUCACCUUGCCGCAUCCCAGUCCACAGUGGGGGUUUUGUCUUUCUGUUCCACAGAACUUAACGUUCCCAUGUUAGUCUUGGUCAUUUGCCAACUCAUUUUUUUUUUUAAAGGCACUGCACAUAAUUUGCAUCAAGGGCCCCGUGGGGUGUUUUUCCCUUUCUUUUGGUUUUUCUUCUUUCCCCUCCCCCCCUUUUUGGUUUUGCUUUGAUUCGGGUGGGGGAUGGGAAGCUUGGGGGUUUUCAGUCCUCUACACACACCUGGGCACGGCAGUGCAGUACUGUCAGGAAGAGGGGCCUCCGGCUCACAGACAGCCUGCAGCCGUGUGGAAGGGACGGUUGCGGUGGCGUCGUGAGGCCCAGUGAGCACGCCGAGCGGCGGCGGGGUCAGGGCUCUCCUGUGAACCUGCUGAGGAAGGAGCAGAGCAGCAGCUGCGGGGCCUGUGGCUCCUGUGGGCGAGGCCGCGGGGAGAGAGGAGCGGAACUUGACUGGUCUCCUGACCACGGUGCACUGAGAAGCGAUCAACGGGUCAGGCCCGGCCAGGCCCGGGGAGGUCUGAGCGGUGGUCUUUGGGAUAACUUUGGCCUUAUGGACCUGGACUCGAAUUAGAAGAGCCUACCAUUUCAGAUGCAAUCACUCUCGGACACGCUUUUGCAGACAGUCCUUAAUGCUGAAAACGCAGAGAAUGGGUAAUUCAAGAGGCCUUUCUUUUCAAAGAGACUUGUGACCCACUAAUUGUAAGGCAUUGCAAGGUCACUUUGCGUGUGUCAUAAAGUUGACUCCCUUAUUGGUUGAAGGUCACAGAAGCAGUGGUUUGCUUUGAUGGAAAUAGCUACAGCUGUGUCCUUUCCUGCUUUUUUUUUUUUCUUUCUUUUUUUUCUUUUUUCUUUUUUUCUCGGCACGUGGUAUCCCCACCAUUUCUUCUGCACAAAGAUGUCUUCUGUUCAUCCUGAACAUUUUUAAAAAAAAAGAAACGCAGAAUUUUAUGUGACUGCUUUUUUUGCCUCACAAUUAUGCUGUGAAUUUUACAAAAAUUUAUUUUCUUUUUUGAUAAUUUAUUGUACCAAAGCUGUUUUUAUAGCACAUAGAUGUCUGUAACCAAUAAUGUAGCAGUUCUGCACUUUGACACAAGGUGUAACUAGACCAUUUUUAAAUGUCAGUUGAAAAUUAUGGCUGUACUAUUGCUGAAACAAAACUGGAACUGUUGUUGAAUCCAUAGCCAAUGCAUUUACAGCAGUCUGUGUACUGAACAUAAUAGAUUGACAUCUAACUCACGAUUUCAACACCUGUUACAUUCUCGAUGUGUUCAGGCUUCUGAAGGGAAAGGACACUGGGUCCAGAAGCUGUGGAGCCGGCAGUCGGUUCUUGUAUUCCCGAUUAACCCACUUGUAAACCAACAUGUCCAGGACCUGGGCAGGAGGAAAGCAGAACUUGCGAGGCCCCGAAGUGAACAGGCUGGCGGUUAGUACCUGGUGCCUAGUCUCGAGAUUAUGCUGCCUUAAUGUAACACAGUCUGGCAGUCGCUAAAUUUGUGUUCCCGUUUUAAAUUGUCCAGUUUUAGGGUAUUAGUCUUUUGAGCGGUUGAAUUUGGGAGAAUGAGGAGACAUGACUUUUAGCUGUCCAGGAUCAAAAAGAAGCCUAGAGAAGAUGCAGUAUCUACCUCUGCCGACAACCCUGUUCAGAACAGCUCAGCAGAACACCACGUUACUCUACUGGUCAAUCCCAUGUGGCUGACAAGGUCGAUUUUCUCCCUCCCUUCCUUCCUUCCUUCCCUCCCUCCCUCCCUCCCUCCCUCCCUUCCCUUCCUUCUUUCCCUCCUUCUUCUGUUUUCCUUUUUCUGAACAAAAGGUUUUUAUAUGUAAGCAGUGACAGAAGAAAGGCUUAAAAAAAAACUAUGUGAAUGUGAAUGGAAACUUAGAAAUAACUGUUUUUAUAAAGCACAGAUUUUCUUUUGUUGUUCAUCAGGAAGUCCAUAUUUAUUUUGUAAUUAAAUGUCAAGCCUGUGGGUGACCUUCGAACUUGGUAGUUCAUGGAGGUUCACAGUCAAUAAAAGGAUGCCAUCUGGAGUACAAAGCACUCUCAGCAGUCACUCACUAGUUACCUGCUAUUAAGGAACACCACGUGAAGACGCCAUAGGGUCAGGCCAUUUCUUCCCCCCCCCCCCCCCCCCGUGCUGGUUGCCACAUCUUAGCAAGCACCAAAAAAAAGAAAGAAAAAGAAAAAAGAAAAAAAAAGAAGCACCCCCCCCCCCAAACAAAACCAGUUUUUAAACCGCUAUCUACAUACAGGAAUCAUAAACUCCAAUAUGCCUCUGCAUACUGUGUUACGUUACAGUCCAGUUUUGUGUGCUUUACUACACGGUUUGGUUACAGGACUUCUGUGCAUUGUAAACUUAAACAGCAUGGAAAAGGUUAAAUACCUGUGUGCAGAUUGUAAGAUCUGGUCCGGACUUGCUGUGUAUAUUGUAACGUUAAAUGAAAAAAAGAAUCCCCUUUGUAUUAUAGUCAUGCGGUCUUAUGUAUGAUAAACAGUUGAAUAAUUUGUC